UCAAGAUGGCGCUGCUCUCAAUGCGGAAGGCGCGUGGGUGCUGGAGYUUCAUCCGGGCAUUUCAUAAAGAACCUGAACCGGCUCCCGCUCCACAGAGCUGCAGAUCUUUUGAUCUCCUCCUGAGGGCUUGGAUCAAGUACAAUUCUGGACCUAAGAAAGACAGUAUGGAGCGGAUAUUUUCUGGUAUUCAGCCUACAGGAAUCCUCCACUUGGGAAAUUACCUAGGAGCCAUUGAGAGCUGGGUGAGGUUACAGGAUGAAUAUGACACAGUGCUAUACAGCAUCGUAGACCUCCACUCCAUCACCAUCCCUCAAGACCCCACCAUUCUUCGGCAGAGCAUCCUGGACAUGACUGCAGCUCUUCUUGCUUGUGGUAUAAAUCCAGAGAAAAGCAUCCUUUUUCAACAAUCUCAGGUGUCUGAACACACACAAUUAAAUUGGAUCCUUACCUGCAUGGUCAGGCUGCCUCGGUUACAGCAUUUACACCAGUGGAAGGCAAAGACUGCCAAGCAGAAGCACGACGGGACAGUGGGCCUGCUCACAUACCCAGUACUCCAGGCAGCUGACGUUCUCUCCUACAAGUCCACACACGUUCCUGUCGGGGAGGACCAAAUCCAGCACAUGGAACUAGUUCAGGACCUAGCACAAGGUUUCAACAAGAAGUAUGGGGAGUUCUUUCCAGUGCCCAAAUCCAUCCUCACAUCCAUGAAGAAGGUAAAAUCCCUCCGUGACCCUUCUUCCAAAAUGUCAAAAUCUGACCCUGACAAACUGGCCACCAUCCGAAUAACAGACAGCCCAGAGGAGAUAGUGCAGAAAUUCCGCAAGGCUGUCACAGACUUCACCUCAGAGGUCACCUACGAGCCUGCCAGCCGAGAGGGCGUCUCCAACAUGGUCUCUAUCCACGCUGCGGUGACAGGGCUCACCACAGAGGAGGUGGUCCGCCGCAGCACAGGCAUCGACACUGCCCGCUACAAACUGGUGGUGGCAGAUGCUGUGAUUGAGAAAUUUGCUCCAAUUAAAAAUGAAAUUGAAAAACUGAAGAUGGACAAGGCAUAUUUAGAGAAGGUUUUACAAGCWGGGUCAGCAAAAGCCAAAGAAUUAGCCUAUCCUGUCCUCCAGGAGGUGAAGAAAUUGGUAGGAAUUCUAUAGGAAGUUUGAACCAACCACAAAAGGCUUUUGUAUCUUACAGUCUGUGCACUUCAACAAAGGCAGCUUUCUUUCAAACAAAAAUAAUUAAUAUAAAUUAUAGUUUGGGACAUUUAAUUUGAUCUAGCUGAUUAUUGUCUUCAUUUGAUGACAAUGCUUUGUAGCCCUCAAAUACAGCAAUGUUCCAAAUCCCAUCAACAAAAUGCUGUGAUCAGAAAAACAAAAACAGCAAAUCGUGAAAGAAGGUAUAGCAGUCUGAAUCCCCAGCUAUUUGAAGCACACUCCUUGGACUGAAAUAUCUGAACAAAUGUGAUUGAGGUGAGCAAUAACUUGGGAAAUGAGAUGAUUUGUGCUCUUGAUAUUUACUGAAACAAGUGUUCAUCC